CACAACAAAAAUUGAAUGAACAAUUAAUUGUAGAUGUGCAAGAAGAAAUCAAAAGGUUUAAAGAAACCAAUGGAAUAGUUCCCAAAAAUAGAAAAGGAAAACAAAAAGCAAUUCCAGAAACUAUACCAGAUACUUCUAGAAUAGGAAGAUUUGUUAAAGAAAAUCUUACACAAUUGGAAAGAUUAAGAUAUAGACUUCAAACUAUUGAAGAUAACUACAAAUACGUAUCAAACUUACCAGAUGAAGAGUUAGAAAGUCAUCUAGGAACAGAACAACAAAUAGCAAUAAGAAACUUCUUAAUAGAAUCAAAAUUCUCAAGUGAAAAAGUAAGAAAACAAUUUCAGGACAAAUAUAAAGAACUAUUAGCAUCAUCAUUAGAAAAUCAAGGAAAAAUGCAUGAUGAUGAUGAAGUAGAAAAAAGGUUUGUAGAAGACCAAAAACUAAUAAGAGGAAAACCACAACCUGAACCAUUCCCACCAGAAGGUGCUACUCAUAAUAGGUAUAUACCAAAAGAAAAUACCUAUAGAGAAAGACCUGUAUCUCCAACUUCUAGUGAAGAAGACUUUAAUCUCAAAAGUAGAAAUAUAGGAGAAUGGCUAAAAAGUCAAGCAAAAGAACCACCUAGGCCAAGCUCUCCAAUAAAAGAUUUUGUAAAUAAAAAUAUUAAUGAAAUAAAUCUAGAAGAUGAUGAAGAAGAAUUUAAACUUCAGAAACCACCUGUAAGGUAUAAAAGAACAAGAACAGUUGUAUCAACUGAUACGAAUUUAUCAUCCACAAAUGGAGAUAAAUGGAAAAGAGAAAGAAAUAUUAGAAGAAAACUCUUUCAAGAAAGUAGAAAAGAAGAAAUAACAUCUGAAGAUGAAAAAGAAAUGAAUGAAUUGGAUAACAUCAUAGAAGAUGAUGUAAAUGAUUAUUAUGAAAAUAAAUAUAAUAAUCAAGAAGAAAUAGGUGAAUCCUCAAAACCAAUAAGAUAUGAGAAUGAAAACACUAGAAUAUUAGAAAUACCAUGGAAUGGACAAACAGCACAAUACCCUCAAAACUAUGAAAGUAUUCAACAUGAAUAUGAAAGUGAAAAAAAAGAAGAAACAAAUAAAGGGUAUGGAAUAGUAGAAACAGAUGAAAAAAAUGAUAAAGGAAAACAGGUAGAUUAUAAGGUAUUCUGUAAUGAAAAUACAGAGAUACCCCCUAUGAAUAUAGGACAUAUCAGGAUAGAAAACUCUGUAGAAAAUGGGUAUAUAGGAAUAAUCGUCCAACCUGGAAUAGCAAAUGAUAAUCACAUAAUGAUAAUGAAUAUAUCGAGUAGAAAUGUGAAAUUUAACAAAGGACAAUAUAUUGGAAAUGUUGAAAAAAUACAGAAAAAUGAUGAAAUUUUUCUCACAAAAUUACCUGAUCUGAAAGAUCAGAGUGAAAAAGAAAAAGAACGAAUCUUAAUUCUAAGGAAUCAAUGUGAAAUGACUGGAGGCCCAGGAACAUGGGAACAAAUUGGCCAUAUUCUUACAGAAUAUGUUGAUGUUUUCAGAGAAAAACAAGAAUAUGCAACAAAAGUUAAUACUGAUGAAAUACCUCCAAUAGAAUUAAAUUUGAAAAAUGGAAUGAAAGAAAAUGAAAUACCAAUGCACGAAAAAAGGCAAGCAUUGAGAAAAUAUAGUGAAGAAGAUAAAAAAGUUAUCAAAGAAAUGCGAGAUGAUUUAAUGAAAAAUAAUAUUAUAUUCAGUGGAAAUACUGAAUGGGGAAGUUCUGCACUAGUAAUAACCAAAAAAGAUGGAACAAAAAAGAUUGCAAUAGAUUAUAGAAAUUUAAACAAAUACUUAGAACAGUAUAGAGAACCAUUACCAGACUCCAAGCAAAUGUUGCAAACUGUUAGUAGAUAUAAAUACUAUAUAACAAUGGAUAUAAAAUCAGCAUAUUGGCAAUUGGUGAUGCAUGAAAACUCAAAGAAAUAUACAGCUACAACUUUCGCAGAGUAUGGAACAUACUGUUGGCAUACAUUACCAUUUGGAAUUAGCAUGGCACCAGCAUACUUAAUACGUGCAAUGAACAAAAUAUUAGGACACUUAGACUAUGUAGUAAUCUACAUGGAUGACUUU